ACGACAUAUUUGAUCUAGAGUGAUCCAGGAACACCUGGAACUCCGAAAAGGUUUCAUCUGAUACAACGACAGGGCUGAAAUGACCACUUUUGUUCAGGCAUCAGGCUCGUCAACUAGAUGGCAAUGUCUUAGCAACGGCCCUCGUUGCACGACAGCCACACUCAGACAGCAGCAGCGGCCCUCGAGAAUGCAGAGGCAGCGCAUUGUAGCUGUCAGAGCGGAGAGGAAUGGUAACGGUGGUGGAUUCAUCACUGGGUUCGUGGUGGGGGGAGCUAUCUUUGGAGCAUUGGGUUUCCUUUUUGCCCCUCAGAUCUCAGCAGCCUUGCUCUCAGAGGACCAGCGCCUCAAGCUCCCAAAGUUCCUGGAUGAGGAUGAGAAGGACCCAGAAGCCACCAAGCAGGAUUUGGCCGACAAGAUUGCAUCAUUGAAUGCGGCGAUCGAUGAUGUUUCAGCGCAGCUGAAGGCACAGGACACAGUGGGCGAACCCGCAGCCUCCACAGCCACUGUCUCUUGAGAAGUCCACGUAAAUGACGCGCAAUUUGACGCGCAAUUGUGUUCAAUGGUCAUGCAACGUUGCUCAUGUUAACAGGCUGUAUUAAUGCGCAGUGCACAGGUCGUCUAGGGCAAUUCCGAGCAAACAUUGCAGUCCUGUGCUAUCCAACGCUGUCAUUGUGUGUCGACCUCAAUCAUAUCAAUAUGCCAUAUUUGGUGUGGUGACUGAUGUCAUGUCUCAUCGCAUGUCUCAGCCUAGGAAAUCCAGUUGUUCCAGUCCGACCCAGCAUCUGCUCUUGUCAUUAUCCUUAUUCUUAAUUUCCUUAUUUGACAAUAAAGAGCCGCAGCAUGCUGCAGUAUAAUUUAUGUGCUACUACUGGUCGAGAAAGUGGGACAUCAAAUCAGCCCUGAGUGUGCUGGAAUGAUGUAAUCUCUCUCUGUCUC